UUGAUGUUUUUUAUUUGUACAAAUAAAAUAAUGCGUAAAACGAAACGUAACUAACGAUAAAAUUAAUGACAUCUAACAACUGACAACUGUCAAAUAAGAACGUUUUCAAACAUAAACAAUUUUAAAACUACAAAAGUAAAAAAUGGAAGAAUUACUAAACAAAGUGCCGUGUAGAGAAAACCAACUGAACACAUUAUUAGAUUUGUUCGGAGAAUAUGAUGAACCACUGCCAUAUUCUAUAUUUAUCAGCGGAAGUAUGGCGACCAGCAAAACUUUAUGUUUGACUAAUGUAUUGGAUUAUUUACGUUUUAAAUACAUUACGAUCGAUUGUAUCGAGUGUUAUUCACCUAAACUAAUCUUCGAGACGAUACUUGAUGGCCUACAAGACGACGAUGUAGACAUAAAAUGUGAUUCAUUAUCGGACCUUACGAAUUACUUAGUCAAAUUUGGAUACGAGAAAAUAACUUAUGAACCCAUCAUUAUCAUAUUCGAUCGUGCUGAAAGACUACGAGCCAUGGAUCAGACAUUAAUGUGUACAUUUUUACGUCUGCGAGAAUUCUGUAACCUCAACAUUUGCACUAUUUUUGUAACUCAUUUAACUUACGAUAAUUUUUUCUUUAAAAUAGGCGCUCUAGAGCCGAUACAGAUAUUCUUCCCUAAUUACACACGAGAUGAAUUAUUCAAGAUUAUUAUAACAAACCAUAAAACAUUCAUUGAUGAAAUAAUAAAUCAACACAAAAUAGAAGAAGAAAUAAUAAAUGAGUUAACUGAACAACAAUUAUUUGCAAACUUUUUAAACGCAUUUCUAUCUGUAUUCUACAGACCUUGUCGAGAUUUAAUAGAACUACGACAUAUGGCGCAAAUAAAUUUCAUCAAAUACUGUGAACCAAUAAUAAAAGAAGAAAUCAAAGCAAGUGAUGUUGACAGACUUUGGCGUCAUAUCACGCCAGUACUAAAAUCAAGUUUAGCACAUUUAUAUCUUCGAAUCAGCGACGGCAAAGCAGCCUCACCUAGUAAAGAAAACAAAACUAACUUUCAAACAUACAACUUUGAGAAUACAUUGAAAGAAGAAUUAAUGUCAACAAAAACGUUUGCACAGAGUUUCGAACUUCCAUAUUAUGCUAAAUUUUUACUUAUAGCUGCAUAUCUCGCUAGCUAUAACCCUCCAAAGGAAGAUAAGCAUUUAUUCAUGAAGAACCACGGGAAACAACGAAAAAGGUUACAACAAGUCAAGGCUAAGGCAAAAGUAACAGAAAAAUUAUCUACACAACUUGGGCCUAAAGUUUUCACUUUAGAUAGAUUGUUGGCAAUCUUCUAUGCUAUUCUAGAAGAGAAGAUAGGUCUUACGAGUAACUUAUUAGCACAAAUAGCAACUCUGGUGGAAUUAAAAUUAAUAGCUGGGAGUAAGGAAAUAGAUUUAGAUACUGCAAAGUACAAAUGCAUUGUUGGAUAUGAUUUUAUAAGUGCUGUCGCUCAAACUGUUGGUUUUAAUGUAAGCAAGUACUUAUAUGACUUUAUAUAACCUAAGCUUUCAACUGUUAAGGUACAUACAUAAAUUAUAACACGGCUAAACUCACGUGAUAACAUCACAUCAGUGACCAUCGCGACGCGAUAGCGAGUAUACCCGAUUAAUCACUCACCCUGAAAAAGGACCCCCAACGGGUUUGAAACUGUCGGUGCCUACACCGAAUGUUAUCACGUGAGUUUAGCCGUGUUAUAAUUUAUGUAGUAUAAUGUCUCACGAAAGUUUUAAUAAGUUAAUUGUUAAGGUACAUGCUCAGUUGUAAUUGAACAGUUGAACUGAUUCAGAAACUAGAAUAAUCUCCAUUUCUCUAAAGCUAUUUCAUGCGCUCAAUUUUAACUGAAUUUUGUAAAAACUGAGCUAUGA